UGAAUCCGUACCAGAGGAGACACUGAGGAGGGCCAAGCAGAUUGGGUUUUCUGAUCGUUAUAUUGGGAAGUGCAUGGGGUUGAGUGAACCUCAGACCAGAGAACUUAGAUUGAACAAGAAUGUCAAGCCUUGGGUCAAGCAGAUUGAUACUUUGGCUGCUGAGUACCCAGCCAUUACAAACUACCUCUACCUUACCUACAAUGGACAGGAGCAUGAUAUAAAGUUUGAUGACCACGGAAUGAUGGUUCUAGGUUGUGGCCCGUAUCAUAUAGGCAGUAGUGUUGAGUUUGAUUGGUGUGCAGUUUCCAGCAUCCGCACACUGCGUCAGCUUGGCAAGAAAACUGUGGUGGUGAACUGCAACCCUGAGACUGUCAGCACAGACUUUGAUGAGUGUGACAAACUUUACUUUGAAGAGCUUUCACUGGAAAGAAUCAUGGAUGUGUUCCAACUGGAGCAAUGUGAUGGCUGCAUCAUCUCUGUUGGGGGGCAGAUCCCCAACAACAUGGCUGUGCCACUGCACAAGAAUGGGGUGAAGAUCAUGGGCACCAGCCCACUGCAGAUUGAUCGGGCAGAGGAUCGCUCCAUAUUCUCAGCUGUCUUGGAUGAGCUUCAGAUUGCCCAGGCUCCUUGGAAAGCUGUUAAUUCCCCGGAUGAUGCUAUACAGUUUACAAAGACUGUUGGCUAUCCAUGCUUGCUGCGUCCCUCCUACGUGCUCAGUGGCUCAGCAAUGAAUGUAGUAUAUGGAGAGGAAGAACUGAAGAAUUUCCUAGCUGAAGCCACACGUGUCUCACAGGAGCACCCUGUUGUGAUCACCAAGUUUAUCGAAGGUGCCCGAGAGGUAGAGAUGGAUGCAGUUGCCAAGGAAGGGCGUGUUAUCUCCCAUGCGAUUUCUGAGCAUGUUGAGGAUGCAGGAGUUCAUUCUGGAGACGCCACCCUUAUGAUCCCAACACAGACCAUCAGCCAGGGAGCACUAGAGAAAGUGAAAAUUGCUACCAAGAAAAUUGCCACCGCUUUUGCUAUUUCUGGACCCUUCAAUGUGCAGUUCCUUGUUAGAGGAAAUGAAGUUCUGGUAAUUGAAUGUAACCUGAGAGCUUCUCGCUCCUUCCCAUUUGUGUCCAAGACUUUGGGUGUUGACUUCAUUGAUGUGGCCACUAAAGUCAUGAUUGGAGAACCAAUUGAUGAGUCUCACCUCCCAACAUUAGAGAGACCUAUUAUCCCUGCUGACUAUGUGGGCAUCAAGGCUCCCAUGUUUUCCUGGCCCCGCCUUAGAGGAGCUGAUCCAGUUCUGAGGUGUGAGAUGGCUUCCACUGGUGAGGUGGCCUGCUUUGGAGAAAACAUCUACUCUGCAUUCCUGAAGGCCAUGAUCUCCACUGGCUUCAAGCUGCCUCAGAAGGGAAUUCUCAUUGGAAUCCAGCAUUCCUUCCGACCUCACUUCCUUGGCACUGCUCAAACACUCAAAGAAGAAGGAUUCAAGCUAUAUGCUACAGAGGCCACUGCAACCUGGCUCAAUGCAAAUGAUAUCCCUGCCACCCCUGUUGCUUGGCCCUCCAAGGAAGGACAGUCCAGCCCUAACUCAAUAUACAAGCUGAUUAAAGAAGGCAACAUUGACUUGGUGAUUAACCUACCCAACAACAACACCAAAUAUGUACGUGAUAACUUUGUGAUAAGGAGGACUGCCGUAGACACCGGCACCGCUUUACUCACCAACUUCCAGGUGGUCAAAAUGUUCGCUGAAGCUAUGAAAUACUCUGGAGACCUGGAUGCCAAGAGCCUUUUCCACUACAGACAGUUCAGGGCCCCCAAAUCUUCCUAGACAUCUGAGAUAUUCAGAAGCAGCUUUCUUAAAAGAAGGGACUGGCUGACCGCCUAAGGUCUUUUGCUGGUUUUCUGUUUACUGUCACUUGUGUCUAUGCUUGUAUAAAGAACACAAAUGUCAAUUUGAUUAUGUCUUUGCAGUUAUGAACUUGCAGAUACUAGAAUAUUUUGGUACAUAAAUAAUUAUACA